CAGGGGGUCGUUUGAGCAGCAUUUGUCAAUCACUAGACAUUUUAGUACCUUGCGAAUAACAUCAUCUAAGAUUUCAUUCACCAUGGCGCUUUGGACACCAUAUUCUCAAGAAGUGGCGCUGGACUUAAGCAGAGCUACUGUUAAGUCGGAGCCGCCAAGAAGUGUUGAAAUUGACAAUUCUUCGCCACCAUUCCCUGAUUACGUGUACCAACGUUACAGUGCUUCACCAGUGGAACAAAUACCGAAUAGACAGCCUUACUUCGCAGGCUUCUCGUAUCCUCCGUCGUUCAGUGUCCCAUCAGCCGCAAUAUCUCCAGAUUCAGUUGGAAGCUCUUGGUCUCGUACGCUCCGUUCACCGAAGUCCAUCAACACUGCACCAUCGCCCCCUGAAUCUCCAGAAUUAUAUGAGACAGAGUCAUUGUCUGAUGAUGUCGAGUAUCAAGCGUUCGAGAGAGAUGCACUGAGGGCUAUGCAGGAGAAAAAUGGAGGUUGUUUAUUGGGGAAUAAUCCGAGGAUGCGGCGUGCCGUCCAGACCAGUCAAGCGGCAGAUGACUCGUACAGAAAACAGAGAGAGAGGAACAACUUUGCCGCUAAACAGAGUAGAGACAGAAGGAAGUUGAGAGAGGUCCGUCUCGCCUUCCAAGUAACAUUUUUGAAAAAGAAGAUGGCUGAUCUCCGCGCUAGAUUGGAAGCUGGUCUGUGUGCGCGUUGCCAUAAUGUUUGCGAGUGCAGAAUUUAAGUACAGCUGGACUAUUGUAGUUUUAAGUUAAUUAUAAUUAUUCUGAUUAUUUUGAUGUCUGUCGUGCAAUUUUAAUUUACGAAAUUAAUUAAUACAAAUGUAAAUUAUAUGUGUAAUUAAUAAAUACAUAUUUCGUGACAUGGUUAUUUUUAUUUACCUUCCCAUAUUAGAUUAUUCCAUCUUAAUUAAUAAAUUAAUAUGAUGACAUAUCUAAGUACG